AUGUUUCAAAAAUAUCUGUACAAAAAAGAAUUAAAAGAUGGCGCAAGCACGUCAGAAGAAAAUGGUGGCACAGAAGAAUCACAAGGACAAUCAAAAAAAGCAAGUGACGCGACUAAAGGAAGAGAAAUUCAUAAAUGGCUCGAAAACUAUAUAAGAACAAUACUGAUCAGCCAAGAUUCAUACGGCGAAGGUGAAAAAAAAAGCCAAGACGCAUGUGCCGAAGGUAAAAGAAAAAGCCAAGACGCAUAUGCCGAAGGUGAAAGAAAAAGCCAAGACGCAUAUGCCGAAGGUGAAAGAAAAAGCCAAGACGCAUGUGCCGAAGGUGCCGAAGCUGAAAGAAAAAGCCAAGACGCAUAUGCCGAAGGUAUAGUAACAAAGGUUAAAUCAUUUUUCCAAGAGUACGAGAAGAACAACGACAAAGUAAAGGAAAGGAAUUUUGGACUCAAAGAUAAAAACAAGGAUAAUAAUCCCAAAGGCAAAGAUAAAAACGAGGACAAUACUCCCAAAGGCAAAGAUAAAAACAAGAAUAAUCCCAAAGGCGAAGAUAAAAUUGAGGAUAAUAAUCCCAAAGACAAAAACAAGGAUAACACCACAAACGAACUGAAAUUUCUGCAAGUUGAAUUCUCUCUGGAAGGGUUCAUGGUCCGCGAAAUCAAAAAUAGAGAUCCAAAAAUGUAUUUGUGGAAUGGAAAAGUUGACGUAAUUGGUUGGUAUAAAGACAAUUACGUCAUUAUAGACUGGAAAGUGUCCGAUAAACCACAAUUCUGGGGAAAUUCAUAUGGACCAUACUUACAUCAAUGUUUAGUUUAUGCCAAGCUUUUAAUGCUACAUUUGGGACUUAAAAAACUACCAUAUAUUCUAAUCGUGCAAAUUCAUGGCAACGAUUUUCAAAAUAUUACGCCUGGCUUGUUUUUUGAUAUUCCAAACGAAUGCAAAACGAAAUUAAACCAAUAUAAAUGGCUAUAUGACUUGAAGAACAUGCCGGAAAAGACACUGUAUCUACCAAAAAAGUUGAUCAAUAAGACAACCGUCAAAAAGGAUAGCACCGUCCAUAUGGAAAGAAAACUAAAAGACAUAUUUAACAAUGAUGGUAAAAUAAAAGACUUGCUGGACGCACUUGACUUUAAAAAGUUGAAGGUUGAUUAA